UGACCUGCGAAAGGCAGCAAUAUGCAACACGCGUCUAGUCUGCCGAAAAUUCACACGAAGAAGGGGGUUUGUAGUUCUUCCUGUACAGUACUUUCUUAGCAGCUAGCUACCUGGUUUUAGCAAGACAGUGGAAUGAACGUCAUGCUUCAUAUGAAAAUGUUCAAGGACAUUUUAAGUGUGUUUUGCACAAUUUGUCUUGUCACCAAGUUUACCACUGCAGCCCAAGACGGCUCUAAUGGGAAAAAGGACCAAGAGUGUUACAACUACGCUGGAGGACACGUCUACCCCGGAGAGGCUUUCCGUGUGCCCGUCUCUGAUCAUUCCUUGCACCUCAGCAAGGCAAAAAUUUCAAAGCCUGCACCUUACUUUGAGGGAUCAGCUGUCAUCGAUGGUAAGUUUAAGGAGCUCAAACUGUCGGACUACAAAGGGAAAUACCUAGUCUUCUUCUUCUACCCCCUGGACUUCACGUUUGUCUGCCCGACUGAGAUUAUUGCGUUCAGUGAUCGUGUGCACGAGUUCCGUGCCAUCAAUGCUGAGGUUGUUGCCUGCUCUGUCGACUCACAAUUCACACAUCUGGCAUGGAUCAACACACCCAGGAAGCAGGGGGGACUCGGACCAAUGAAAAUCCCUCUGCUGUCUGACCUCACACACCAGAUUUCCAAAGACUAUGGAGUCUUCCUGGAGGACGCAGGACACACACUCAGGGGCCUGUUCAUCAUCGAUGACAAGGGCGUCCUGAGGCAGAUCACCAUGAAUGACCUCCCUGUGGGGCGCUCUGUAGACGAGACCCUGCGGCUUGUCCAAGCCUUUCAGUAUACUGACAAACAUGGCGAAGUGUGCCCAGCAGGAUGGAAGCCAGGCAGUGACACAAUAAUCCCAGACCCAGCGGGCAAACUCAAGUACUUUGACAAGCUGAACUGACCCUCCCCUCUAAUAAACACUUUGGUUUAAGCUCAGAAUAAAAACAGUUUUGAUAA